AUGAGCACGCAAUCGACAAGAACGCCGCCUACUUCAACCCCGGAGAAGGCUGCGCCCCCCUCGAACAAGUCACCGCCAACCACGCCAAAUCAAAGUCAAGGAAACGCCGGCACUCAAGAUUCGACCGACUUCCUCGACCAGUUCAUCGACAACUUCGACACCCCAGAUUCGCCGUCUGCAGGAGGAUCGCAAAAGACCCCUGCGAAGAAGAAGAAGCGCGUCGGCUGGGCGGGCAAGACUAAAGGAUAUAGCUACAAGGUAUCGAAGCAGGGCAAGUCUAAAGGUACUGGUCCAGCAAAAGCAUCUUCGGCCGCGCCAAGGAGAGUUUAUAAGCACACCGAGCUGCCCGACAUCGCUGCUGGAGACCUAGCGACAACGAGGAGCACAAGGUCUGCGAAAGGUGAACAGACGUUUCAUGCUUUGCCAUACCCAAAGUAG